AUGCCAUUAACAAUGUUGGUAGCGCAGCGUUUGUUGUUUUCAUCGUUUGCAAGCUUUUUGCAGAAUAUACUUCUUGUCAACGAGAGCGAAAAGGAUGAACGUUUUCAUAGAGAUCUUAUUGAAACCGUCAAGCGUUAUCCUGGUUUAUACAACAAGCACAGUCCUGAUUACAAGAAGGGUAAAGACCGGCAUGAAUAUUGGUCAAAGGUUGAAACAGAUAUGUUCAAAUUGGGAUACGUAGCUGAAGACACAGCCUGUCGGCAUAUUUGGCGAAAGGUUGUUCGAAAGUUUGAGAGGGAGUGUAUUCUAGCCAAUAAAGCAUCGGCAUCGUCUCCUUAUGUUUCGCGAUGGCCGCACUUCCAGGCUAUGUGGUUUAUGAAACCUUUUCUGCGUGACCCUGAUGAAACAGUUCAGAAAGGAGGUUCGUCAAGUAGUGCCAGUGCGUCGGAUUCGAAAGCAUCUGAUGUGACAUUGCAUUCACUGCUUGCAAAACCAAAAACGAGUUCUAAAAAUGCUCACAACACUCAGAAUCUCCAAUCUGCGCAGCCUACAUCGUCAAGUUCUACUACCGUUUGCGCUACACAGCCACUGCUGAUGUUCGUUCCUAAUCCACAGCAAAGUACUUCAUCGUCCAGCUGUUCAGCAGUUUGUUCUUCUAGUACUUUUUCUCAGAAUUCAUUGGCUUCAUUGCUUCAUGAAAAAAAAAGGAUGCGUACUGGAGCAUUGCGUGACCGGUGGCAGAACCUUUUUUCUGUAAAUGACAGGAGCUCGAAUCUAGUGGGAUCAUCGUCUAUUUUUUCUGUAGAUCGUGAUGAAAUAAUGCAUGAUAUAUCCGAGCCCAGUCCACCUCAGAACAGGUUCCCUGACAGUGAAAAUUUAAGAGAGAUAAUUUCGCAGAUGCGUGGAGCUGCCGAUUUGAUAAAAUUUUUGAAGCAAAAGACUAUGUACUCGUCUCCGUUGACAAAUCUCAUGAACGACCCGCGUAAUGCCAACUUUGUUACAACUAUUUGUGGAUUGGCUUCACAGCUUACUGAUAGUCAAGCCGAUCGGUUUAGGAAGCGAGUGCUUGUCAGUUGUUUCGAUAUUUUUCAACAAGUUUGUGCUGAGGAUGGGGAACUGAUAUGA